UGAUUGGCUUGAAAGGGUGAUUCUUCUAAUAGGCUGAAACAAUUUCUUCAUAUUACUUAAGAGUUGACUGCUUUGUCAAGUGUAAAGAUAGUGAGACUUAUUAGGGUUGAUUUUGGAGUUAGUUGGUGUCCUUAAAGCUAUCAAAAUGAGCUGCUUUUCAUUCCUGAAGGUCAUGAUGAUUUUGUUUAACCUGGCCAUAUUUCUUGGCGGAGCAACGCUUCUGGGCAUCGGGAUCUGGGUUACUGUUGACAGUAAAUCCUUCCUCAGUACAUUUGGUGCUAUAUCUGCCAGUGUCCUCCAAUUUGUGCAUGUUGGUUACCUCCUCAUUGCCAUUGGAGCUGUUCUGUUCCUGCUGGGUUUCCUAGGAUGCUGUGGAGCUCAGAAAGAGAGCAAGUGCCUUCUGAUCAUGUUCUUCAGCAUUAUCCUGGUCAUCUUCAUAAUUGAAAUUGCUGGUGCAGUGGUAGCUUUGGUCUACACAUCACUUGCGGAGACUCUACUGCAAGCAACAGUGGCAAAAUUACUAAAAGAUGACUACGGGAAACCUAACCCACUUACUGAAGCAUGGAAUAUUACAAUGAAUGAACUGAAGUGCUGUGGUUUAUCAAAUUACACAGACUUUAAUGACUCCUAUUUCUACAAGGAAAAAAAAAAUUAUCCAGAGCAAUGCUGCAACUCUUCCAUUCCUGACACUUUCUGCAAUGAAACUGUAGCUGGAAACUUGGAGGUGAAGGGCUGCUUCCCUCAGAUGCUGUCUGAAAUUCGUAAGAAUGCAGCUGUAGUGGGUGGAGUUGCAGCUGGAAUUGGGGCCUUAGAGAUUGGAGCAAUGACAGUGGCAAUGUACCUUUACUGCAAAAUAGAUGAAAAGUGACUGGGAUAGGAUUACCUUCCCACAAGCCAAGCCUAUGACUCAACACUUUCUUAACCUGUAUCUACAACAAUUAAAUGUUUCAUGGGCCUGAAGUCUGAAUAUAUAAUUAACCAAUUGACUCUACCUAGAUGGAAUCUUUAGCAUGUAUAUAAAUGAAAUUGUGAAAAGUAGUGUGAUAGGAAAACUGUAUUAACAUAAAGGCUCUUUGUACUGAAAGCCAGAAAUGGGAAAAGACAAAAGUAUACCUGGAAACAUUUCUGCCUUCUAAAAAUGGCCUUUUCCAAUAUAUGCAGUGUGACGUUUUCGGCUAGCUUUGAUAUUGGUCACCCUGGGUUGCAGAAAAUCUCUCUCAAGAAUAAAUGAUCCAGAAUGGAACAAUUUGUUUGAAAAGUUCAGGAUUAAUUGAAAUACCCAUGUAUGAUCAAUGGGGAAUCAAGAUCGUUUUUGUUCUUGACAUAAAUUAAUAGAUGGGCAAUUGUUGUAACCUGCUGGGGAAAAACAUGGCUGUAAAAAUUGAUAGGAAAGAGAAUGACUUUCUUUGAGGACUUGGAAGCUUUUUGCCUUUCUGUUCCCCAGCACUGGUUGUAUGCAACUUGCUAAGGACUGAAAGGGUGUCUGAUUGAGCUGGCUAUGUGUGAAAGGAGUUUCCUUUGUACUUAAUUCAAUUGUAAAUGAUGUAGUCCUCUAUUUUUUUAUUCUGUGUGAAUAAAAUUUAAUUUAUAAUAAUAUAA